AUGAGUCGUCUGAAAGAAGAAAUAAUUACUUUUUUUGCUCAAUCAGUUAUUGGAUUAGGAUUAACAUUGAUUGCUCUUAAAGUUUCUUUUAGUUAUAUAUAUCCAGAAUUAGAUCAAAGGAAAAAAGUAAAAAAUAAAGCAGGUGAUAUAUUGAAGAAAAUGGGUUUUUCGGAUCCACCAACACUUACUGAAUAUGAAAGUACGAUUUUAUUAAGUCUUGUUGAUCCUUCAGAUGGUGGUAGUUAUAAUGAUAUCAUUGGAUAUUCUGAUAUCAUAUCAACACUUAAACGUCGUAUUGUAUAUCCAUUACUUUUAAGUUUCAAAAAAAAUGAUAAAUUACUACAACCACCAAAAGGAGUUUUAUUGUAUGGACAUCCUGGUGUUGGUAAAACAAAAAUAGCCCGUACUGUUGCUGGAGAAUGUGGUUGUAGAUUUAUUAAUUGUGAUAUGUCUAUUAUGAUGGAUAAAUAUUAUGGCGAAUCACAAAAAAUGAUUUCUGCUUUGUUUUCUUUGGCACAAAAAUUACAGCCUGUAAUUAUUUUUAUUGAUGAAAUAGAAAGUUUUCUUCGUACUCGUAAUGAGACUGAUAAUGAAGUUAAUCAAGCAUUUAAAGCUCAAUUUAUGUCACAAUGGGAUGGUUUUAAUGAGUCUAAUUCAAAAAUUGUUAUAAUGGCUGCUUCAAAUUUACCAACUUUAAUUGAUCCAGCUAUACUUAGGAGGAUGCCUGUUAAAAUUGAAAUUCCUCUACCUGAUGCUGAAACGAGAAUAGCUAUGUUUAAACAUUAUUUACCAUCUUUAGAUUUAAAUAAUGAAAAAAUUAAUAUAAUAGAUGAAAUUGCCACGAAAUCACAAGGUUUAAGUUGCGCAGAUGUUGUUGAAAUUUCUAGAAUAGCCGUUAUUGAUAAAGUUGGUGAAUUAAUUGAUAGUAUAGAAAUAUUAGAUGACAAUUUUGAAAAAAAUAUGCAUGGAAUUGAAAAUGUAAAUCAUGUAAAUUCUGUGUCUGCUGAAGAUUUAUUAAGAUCAGUAACUACAUUCGUUAAAGAAAAAUCAGGAACAGUAAAAGGAAAUCAAUUUAAUUUUCAAGAAUCUUUACGUGAAAUAUUUCAAACAGAGACAUUUGGUGAUAUUAAAAAAAAGUAUUCUGAUAUACUAAAUAUUGAAAAAGCAGUAGAUGAAUUAGGAGUUGAUUAA